UCUCGGGGAAGCGGAACCCACAGGCGCGCGCGCAGCUGUUUCUGGCCGGGCGCGGGUCGCGGUGCACCACGGGAGCGCCAAACCAGCGGCAUGGAGGAGCGCGGCGAUUCCGAGCCGACCGCCGGCUGCAGCGGCCUGGGUCCAGGUGGUGUUCGCGGCUUUGGCGACGGCGGCGGAGCUCCCUCGUGGGCCCCCGAGGACGCCUGGAUGGGCUCCCACCCUAAGUAUUUAGAAAUGAUGGAAUUAGAUAUAGGAGAUGCCACCCAAGUUUAUAUAGCAUUCUUGGUUUACCUGGACCUCAUGGAAAGCAAAAGCUGGCAUGAAGUAAACUGUGUAGGAUUACCAGAACUUCAGCUCAUCUGCCUCGUUGGUACUGAGAUAGAAGGGGAGGGGUUACAGACUGUGGUGCCUACCCCAAUCACUGCUUCCCUCAGCCAUAACAGGAUAAGGGAGAUCUUGAAGGCAUCUCGAAAAUUGCAAGGUGAUCCAGAUUUGCCGAUGUCUUUUACUUUGGCCAUAGUGGAGUCUGAUUCUACAAUAGUCUAUUAUAAACUUACAGAUGGAUUUAUGCUGCCAGACCCUCAGAAUAUUUCUCUUAGAAGAUGACAUCUAUGUUUCCUGAUGCAUGUUUUAUUCAUACAAGAUUGGAUUUGAGACCUAUCAGACUACUUCAUCUUUUAUCUCAGAGACAGUCAGGGCUGACUUAGAUAGUGAGGGUUGAUUUCCCCAUUCCAUAAGAUUUUCAUUCUGAAGAAUAAAACUUCCCCAGGUAGAAGACUUUUUCUUUCUUAAAAAAUAUAGGAUAGUUUCUUAAAACUUUAUUUUCUUAUCUAGAGACAGUUUGAUUACAGUUGUAUACAGGUUUAUGUCUAGGAUGUGUUCAGAUGGGUGGAACCUCUGUGCUGCUUUUGUCAUCCCACACUCAUAGUUGCCUCUUUGUUUAUUGCUGCCACUGCUAGCUCAUUGUUGAGACUGCCAUCUCUUUCUCUUACUCAACUCUCCCAGUGUGUUUUGGCCACUGCAGCUAUCUUGGAAUGACAUUUUAUAUAAACCUUGUCACCUAUUUAUGUCUGCUUUUUCUUCUCCAGUAGAAAGUAAAAACUUUCUUUCAAUUGGUCUUCCUGUUGCAAUUACUGUUAUUUCUCUUUUUUGGUUAACUUUAAAUCAAAACUCAAAAUAUGUUCAUCCAGAGUGUAAACAUACAUGCCUUGAGUAACAGGGACCAGAAACAUGCUACCCACAAGAGUUCUGGGCCUUCCUUUUCAUUCUUAUUAACACCAUCCUUAUUAUGUCAUAGCUUAAAUAUUAUAAGAGAGAUAGUGUGGGACAGUAUCAGCCUUAAAAAUGUCUUCAUUAAUUAGACCCAGUUAUUCCACUUUUGUUAAUGUCUCUCAAAUUGUACGAGGCAUGAAAAAUUAUAUGCACAAAGAUGUUCCAAGUGACAUUAUUUUUAGUAUCCCAAAUUAUAAACCACUUAAAAGUUUGGGGUAAAGAUCAGCAAACUUCUAUAAAGGGCCAGAAAGUAAAUAUUUUAGGUUUUUAAACCUACUGUUUCUGUCAUAACUUGUCAACACUGCUGUAUGAAGCACAAAAGCAGCCAUAGACAGUACAUAAACAAUACAGGCAUGGCUUUGUUCCAGUAAAACUUUAUUUACAAAUGUGGUGCCACAGUUUGCCAUCCCUGGGUCUAGGAAAUAGUCAAUAAAGAGAUAUAUACAAAUGGUACAUAAUGUACUUAUUGAAAAUUAGUAAUGAAUAUUAUUAAAAACAUGAGAAAUGUUACAUUAAGUAAAAAUUGCAAGAGGCAAAAGUGUGUGAGUGGGUAUUAUCAUGGCUGAAAUAACACAUCAAGCAUAUGAUAAAAAGAUGACAAAUUACUAACUGGUUAUAGUGGGAUGGGAAGCAGUAAAUGGAUGACUUUGUCUUUUCUCAGUGUUUGUUUUUAUUUGUAUUACUUUUAUAAUAAAAAUGUUUUAUAAUUAAAAA